AUGGGAAGCAAUCAGACAUGGAUCACAGAAGUCAUCCUGCUGGGAUUCCAGGUUGACCCCAAACUUGAACUUUUCCUCUUUGGGUUCUUCUUGCUAUUCUAUAGCCUCAUGCUGAUGGGAAAUGGGAUGGUCCUGGGGCUCAUCUGCUGGGAUUCUACACUGCACACCCCCAUGUACUUCUUCCUCUCAAACCUGGCCAUUGUCGACAUGUCCUAUGCCUCAAGCAUUGUCCCCAAGAUGCUGGCAAAUCUUACAAUGCAGAAGAAAACCAUCUCCUUUGCUCCAUGCCUACUUCAGACUUUUUUGUAUUUGGCACUUGCUGUCACAGAGUGUACAAGUUUGGUGGUAAUGUCCUAUGAUAGGUAUGUGGCCAUCUGUCACCCCCUACAUUACGCUGUCAUCAUGAGCUGGAGAGUGUGCACUAUCCUGGCUGCCACUUGCUGGAUAUUCAGCUUCCUCUUGGCUCUGGUCCUUACUCUCAUCCUGAGGUUGCCCUUUUGUGGGCCACAAACAAUCGACCACUUUUUCUGUCAAAUCAUGUCAGUAUUCAAAUUGGCCUGUGCUGACACUAGACUCAACCAAACUGUUCUCUUUGUGGGCUCUGUGUUUGUUUUAGUGGGGCCCCUCUGCCUGGUGCUGGUGUCCUACACGUGCAUCCUGUUCGCCAUCCUGAGGAUCCAGUCCUCUGAGAGCCAAAGAAAGGCCUUCUCCACCUGCUCCUCCCACCUCUGCGUGGUGGUGCUCUUCUUUGGAAGUGCCAUUGUCAUGUACAUGGCCCCCAAAUCCCGCCAUUCUCAAGAACAAAGAAAGAUACUAUCAUUGUUUUACAGCCUUUUCAACCCUAUGCUAAACCCACUGAUCUACAGCCUGAGGAAUGCUGAGGUGAAGGGUGCCCUGAGGAGAUUUCUGAGGAAGAAGACAUCAGUGUGA